AUGGCUAUGAUUACUGGAUCUAAUGAUAAUCGCAAAGAAUGGGAUCGUUUGUGGCAAAUAGUCAACACUAAUCCGACAGAUUUUGUGAGUUGGACUCUACUAUUGCAGUCCUGCAAACAUAUGAAUAGUAUUGAAUCAAUUAGAGAGGUAUACAAUGCCUUUCUCUCUCAUUAUCCUUACUGUUAUGUCUAUUGGAAAAAGUUUGUUGAAUUUGAGUUACAAAUGUCUAAUGAGAGCAAUGCCUUCGAUGUACUCGAGAGAGCUGUCACUUCAUUCCCAAUUAGUAUUGAUAUCUGGAUUUAUUUCAUUCAACAAUUAAUUCACUUGAAUAAAAAAGACAACGAAAUUAUAGUGUUGUUUGAAAGAGCUAUCAAAUUGUGUGGCAAUAACUAUAACUCUGGCGACUUGUGGUCACUUUAUGUGAAUUGGUUGAGAACACGACAGGACUUGUCUGAAGUGACAUUCCUUUAUGAUAGACUCCUUGAGAUACCUGUGAACAGUUUGUGCCAACACUUUGAUGACUUUAUGUCAUUUGUGAACCAAAAUAAUCCCAUUUGUAUCCUCACUACAAAGGAAUACAAUCGCUAUAAUAGCAAGUAUAUGGAUCUCAUUAAUAACAAUAACAUAAAUUCUGAGACCAAUGAAUUCAAGAAAACACAAGAAAAUAGCUCUCAUUUGAAUGGAAAGAAUUUAGAGGAAAGCGAUACCAAAAUAGUAUUUAUUCGGCAAAUGAUAAUCAAUGAAAGAAAACUCAUUUUUAAGUCAACACUGAAGGAGAUGGAGGAGAGAAGAUAUUUUGAGGACAAUAUUAAAAGACCAUACUUUCACGUCAACCCUUUAGAUAUAACACAAUUGGAUAAUUGGACCAAAUAUCUGAAUUGGGAGAUCAGCCGUAAUAAUGACUGUAAUGUUAUUCUGUUGUUUGAGAGAUGUAUGGUUUCUUGUGCUCUUUAUGAGUUCAUGUGGGUUCGGUACUCAAACUACUUGAUUGACAAAAGAUAUGAAAUGAUGAGAACCGGCAAAGAAUUCUUUGAAAAUUUUGAUAUCAAUGCCAUCAGAAGUGUGUUCCGAAGGGCCACUCAAAUACAUAUGAAAAAGUCAUUUAAAAUCCAUAACCUUUGGGCACUUUUUGAAGAACGCGAAGGUAAUUUCGACGAAGCGCUCAAGAUUUUAGAUAAAUUUCAACUGGACAAUCCAUAUCUGAUUGAAUCAAUUUUGUCUAAAAUUCAUUUAUACCACAGAAGAGGAGACGUGAAUCAAGUGAAAGACUUAUUCCAGACAUCAAUUGACAAAUUCAAAGAGUAUCCUAAACUUUGUGCCCAUUUGUCCAUCAGAUUCAGUCGUUUUCUAUUCAAAGUACUCAAAGACACGGAAUCGGCUGUCGAUGUGCUUAACAGUGCUCUCAAAACGGAUCCAAACAAUUAUAUCAUUUAUUUGCGAUUAAUUGAUAUCGAGUACCAAAAGCGUGAUAUAAAUUCAACCAAAAUUGAGCACUUGUUCGACAAUUUGAUUGCAAGCACUCAAUCACUAGCUCUCAAGAUAUCAAUGACUCAAAGAAAGCUUGAAUUCAUGCAAGACUUUGGUUUCGAUUGUGAAAAGUAA